GGCAGGCCCUCCACUGACAGCUAUUUGUUUUUAUCUUAAAUUUGCUUCUAAUGUAAUUAAAUAUAUAAAAUGAUUCGUUCUAUGACAUGCAUCCAAGGCAGAGCUUUGUUUCAAUUAACCGCCGGUGUACGUAUGCAUUCUUCAAAACCGAGCCCUGAUUCCAAACCAGUGAGCCCCAGAAUUGAGGAAUUUAGAAAAAAAUUAAGAGAAAAGACUCCUAUUGGAAAACUUGAUGAACUUGAUAAGCAUCCUUACCAGGAAAAAGAGCCACUACCCCCAUGGCCUGAUAAUACAAAUCCACACACAGGUGAAAUUGGUGGACCUCGCGGCCCAGAGCCUACACGUUAUGGGGAUUGGGAAAGAAAAGGAAAGGUUUCUGAUUUUUAG